GGCUGCGAGUGAGCGGCUGCCUUCACGUAUGUUGUUUUGCUUUGGUUGGAUGAGGUGUGGUGUACCUGUCAUCCACAGACCUUUGAGAGCGUGAUACGGAAGAAUCGUUGAUCCUUUUGGAAAUCGAUUCGGAGAAUAGAGACGCGAUAUAGAAUCGUUUGUUGAUUAAUAUCAGAGAGAUACGAGUAAUUUUGAUUGGGGGGAGGUCUGCAUAAACAAAACUUAACCUAAUUUCGUCGCACGUGUGUUGUUGCCUCGUUGUUGACGAGUCGAAUUAUCGUUCGCUUGCACCGUCUACGCCAACAUCGGAAACAUGACAGCUCCCGAGGCGAUACAAGUCAGUUCUCUGCCGCUGCCGCCCGUUCAAUACAUCAAUUUGUACACGGACGAGAAUGUACGCCGUGGAAGAGCUCCACGACCACCUCCGCCGAUUCACGAUAGCUACUCGAUGUUCGGCAACGUGUUCAACGCGGACGACACGAUAAUCAGACCGUUGGAGGCUCAGGGAAUCAAGCGGCUCUACCCGCAACAUUUUGAUCGUCGACGCGAACUCAAGAAACUCAAUCACUCCUUGCUUGUGAAUUUCCUGGACUUGAUAGAUUUGCUUGUCCAAUGUCCGGACAGUCCGCGACGUGCGGAAAAAGUUGAAGAUUUAAGUUUACUGUUUAUCCACAUUCAUCAUUUGUUGAAUGAAUUUCGACCACACCAAGCCAGAGAAACGUUAAGAGUUAUGAUGGAAUUGCAGCGUAGACAACGUCUCGAAACAGCACUGCGUUUUCAGAAACAUCUUGAAAAAGUUCAAGAGAUACUGCAACACGCCUUACAAAUGCUGCCGGAUACUUCGGAAUUAGAUUCCAAGCUCGCAAUAAACACAGACGCUAUGGAAUCUGUGGAUAACAUGGGCUUUGAACAGCAAACUCCGGAUCCGUGCAGUCCAAGCGAUCGGAUUAUGUGCAAAGUGAUAGACGACAUGAUUUCUUCGAACGGAAUGUUUUGAGAAAUGAGACUAUUCUAUAUAUGCUUUUGUUAUCGGCUUAACAAAAAAUUAUUGCUAUUUGUAAUUUAUCUAAUUUAUAAUAUAUAAAUAAUGAGAAGACCA